GAUCUGUUUUGCUUGCCGCGACAAUUACCAGCUCUGCAGAGAGCGUAAGUUCGCGCAAUCGAUAUUUUGUGUCUGUGAUGUUGUAAUUGACGUUCAUAACCUACAACAAAGUACAGCGAGAGUUGUUGAGAAUCCAGCAACAGAAACAGCAGACGGAUCGAGACACACCGUCCGCAACACCGUGUGUGAAAAAUGGCGGCGGCGGUACUACGAAAUCUCGGUCGCAUCCCUCACUCGGUGAGGAAUCACCUGCUGCACCAGCAGCCCCAGUCCGCGGUCCAGGUGAGCUCCGUGCGACUCUACGCUGACAAAUGGUACCCCGACAAGGACUAUCUCGAGGAGUUCAAGGGCCCGACAUGGAUACCCGACCCCAAUCUGCCCAAGUGGAAGUUCGAGCCCUACCUCAAGGAGCAGCUGCCCCCGGAGAGGACCAUCAAGAACAUCAAGGUCAACUUCGGGCCCCAGCAUCCCGCGGCUCACGGUGUGCUGCGUCUCAUCCUCGAGCUCGACGGCGAGGUCGUGCUGAACGCCGAUCCGCACAUCGGUCUGCUGCAUCGCGGCACCGAGAAGCUCAUCGAGUACAAGACCUACACCCAGGCGCUGCCCUACUUCGAUCGACUCGAUUACGUCUCGAUGAUGUGCAACGAGCAGUGCUACUCGAUGGCCAUUGAGAAGCUGCUGAACAUCGAGGUGCCCCUUCGAGCCAAGUACAUUCGCACCCUCUACGCCGAGCUCACUCGCAUCCUCAAUCACAUCAUGGGUAUCGGCACCCACGCCCUCGACGUCGGCGCCCUGACGCCCUUCUUCUGGCUGUUCGAGGAGCGUGAGAAGCUCAUGGAGUUCUACGAGAGAGCCAGCGGUGCUCGUAUGCACUCUGCUUAUGUAAGACCCGGUGGUGUGGCACUCGAUCUGCCACUUGGUCUCAUGGACGACAUUUACGACUGGGCCUCCAAGUACGGAGAGAGAAUCGAUGAAGUAGAAGAUCUGUUGUCUGAAAACAGAAUUUGGAUUCAGAGAACCAAAGAUAUCGGUGUGAUUUCUGCAGAAGACGCUCUGAAUUAUGGUUUCAGUGGUGUAAUGGUCAGAGGAUCUGGUAUCAAGUGGGACAUCAGAAAAGCAGAGCCUUAUGAUGCCUACGAUCUUGUUGACUUUGAUGUUCCAAUUGGCCACAAAGGAGAUUGUUAUGACAGAUAUCUUUGCCGCAUCGAAGAAAUGAGACAGUCAUUGAGAAUUAUCGAGCAAUGUUUGAAUCAGAUGCCUACCGGUGAAAUCAGAACAGACGAUGCCAAGAUUGCACCACCCAGGAGACAGGAAAUGAAAACUAGCAUGGAGGCCCUUAUCCAUCACUUCAAAUUGUUUACGCAAGGUUACCAAGUACCCCCUGGCUCUACGUAUACAGCUAUUGAAGCUCCAAAGGGAGAAUUCGGAGUUUACCUUGUAAGUGAUGGCAGUUCGAGGCCAUAUAGGUGUAAAAUUAAGGCUCCAGGUUUUGCUCACUUAGCAGCUCUACAAAAGAUGGGUCCAGGUCACAUGUUGGCUGAUAUUGUAGCCAUUAUUGGUACAUUGGACGUUGUAUUUGGUGAGAUUGACAGAUAAGCUGUUAUACUUAGUAAAAACUUGUAAAAUAUACAUAGAAAAAGAUUUUGUCUCAUGAUUUACGAAAAGAAAUUUGUAUGUCACAUAAUAUUUAAGAAUAAAUUGUUAUUUCUUUAAAAUGGUUAAAUGAUUAGUUCUGUUGAUUUAUAAAUAAAAUGCUAUUUUAUUGUCAAAUGCUA